CCUCUUCACGUGAGCGGAGGCCGCGCGCUGUCCUGCCGGAUGGCGCCCCCUGGCGCUCGGCAGCCUCGCGGUCUCGCCACGCCGGCAUGGAGGGGAGAGGCGGCGGCAGCGGGGCGGAUCCGGGCCCGGCCACGGCCACGGCCUCGGCCUCGGGCGGGGAGGGCGAGGGCUGCGAAGGGCUGUGGGAGCUGCCGGUGGAGCGCUGCGAGAGGCGGCCCGUGUGCGGGCGCUGCAGCCGUCCUCAGAAGGUGUGUUUGUGUCCUUUCCUGCCUGUACAUCCACUAAAGGUCUCUACCUGCUUGUAUAUAAUUCAGCAUCCAGCAGAGGAAAGUCGAGUGUUAAGAACAGUACCUUUGCUAGCAGCUUGUCUCCCUCCAGACAAAUGUAAAAUUUUGGUUGGUCGACGUUUUAACGAAGACAGGUAUCCUGAAUUAGCAACUGUGUGUAGAAAUCCCAAUACUCUAAUUUUGUAUCCUGGAGCCGAAGCAACUAAUUUGGAAGAAGUUGCAGUGAUGUCUUCUAGUCCAUCUGUUAUGAUUAUCAUUGAUGGAACAUGGAGUCAGGCUAAAGAUAUAUUUUACAAAAAUUCUCUCUUCCGCCUUCCCAAGCAGGUGCAGUUAAAACCCAGUAUUUCAAGUCAAUAUGUAAUUCGUACACAACCAACAAACACCUGUCUCUCUACUCUUGAAUGUGCAGCUGUUGCUCUUUCCAUCAUGGAAAAAAAUAAGAGUAUACAAGAGAUUAUACUCCAUCCGCUUCAAGCUUUAUGCUCUUUCCAGCUUCAGCAUGGUGCCCAGAUCCAUCACAGCAAGGAACAUCUUCUCAAAAAUGGCUUAUAUGACAAGCCUAUGCCAAAGAAUAAACGCAAACUCAGAAGAAUGGAGCUUCUGGUGAAUAAUGUUAAAAUAUAAGAAAACUGUACUGACUGUGCAGUGGAAUUUAUUUGCAGCUUGCAAAUGAAUAUGAAUCUGGAUUUGAUCCAAACUUAUUAGAGUAUAGUUUACUAUACUCCAAUAAAACAAUUUUUAGGCCGUUUUUAGACAAGAGCUUAUCUACCAAUGUAACAAACAGUAAUGGACAAGCUUUUUCAUUUAUGCAGUAAGCCAGGUGUCUUGGUUCAGAUGGAGGAGGAGCAUUCUCAUUUUCUGUAGAGAAGAGGAAGAAAACGGAACAUAAUUUAGACUUACAUUAUCACGUGGGUGUCUGAUAUGGUCCUCAGUAUGACUGGAUGAAUUUAUUUUUGAGAGGCUUUUACCUGUACAAAGAGACAAGAAAUAUGAAUAUGGAUGUGAUGGAAUAGUAAGGCUUCAGCAGUUAGAAUUAUGUUGAAUUACUACAGAGCUUUUAACUUCAGUUUCUAACUACAGUAGACUUUGAAACCAUAAUUCCUGAUAUUCUUUAGUUCAGAUGAACAUAAGGCAUGUUAUUUGGGUUCUUUCUAACUUUGAGAUUUUUAUUUCUUCUAUUAUUAGAAUUUCUUUUUGUAAAUUUAUAUAUAUUUUACAAUGCAGUUGCACUUAGUUUCUCUCAGACUUAAUUUUUAAAUUUGUAAAUUAAGUAUGCAUAUAUUUUUACAAGAAACGGAACAAUUCUGACUUACAAAAAGAAAAGUAGAAAAAGUGAUUUUUGGAAUUGUAACUCGGGUGCUUUGCUUUUACUUGGGUAAAAAUUAGUCUUCCUCAGAUGGGGAGAUCUUGUGGAUAUAAAUUCAUCAUAGCCAUACUCUGACAUACAAUGAUUGUGCUACUAAAGGAAUUAAACAAGCCCAGUGUAAACUGCUCUGUAAGAAGUGUGAUGCGAUAACAUAUGAUUAUGUCUGUGGUUACAACCAAUUAGCAUAAUUAUAGAUCCUCUAGGCUUCAUGUGUUUCGUUUUUCACUUCUUACAGUGAUAUAAAUGUACUUCUUUCUAAUGGGAAUUACUAGAAGCAGAAAAAUUAGGUAUUUUAACAGGCUUUCUGAAAUAAUAUUUUAUGAUCUGGAGGGAAAAGUAAAGUGAAGUAAAGCUUCUGAUAAUCCUUUCUUCUACAUAAAUGCUUCCUGCAUUUAAGAGAUUAAAAUGCUUAAUGUUUGUCUUUACUGUCAGUUCCCCUCUAGGUAACAACAUUAAGCUAAUUGGGUACUAAUUAGUCUUAGAAAAAGAUAUUUUGUCUUUAAUUUAUGAUCUGUAAGACAAGAUGCUACAGAAGUGGGGUGGGGGCAGGAUGAGGGGAUGUGUAAGCACAGCUAACCAAUAUUUUUCUGAAAGCUUUUCUGCAAUUAAUAAGAGAGGUCAAAAUUAGGUCAGAGAUUAGCUAAGAAGUUAGUGACCUUUUGUUUAGGCAUGGAGAAACAAUAUAAUUUGUCUGGCUAUGCAAGUAAAGCUUAUGUAACCUUUUCCUAUUCUCCCAGUCUAGAUAAAUCUGGUAUCUGUCACUAAAUUCAGCAAAGCUGAAUUAGUUUUGACAAAUCUGAAGCAAACCAGUCUCAUAUGAUUAAUGAUAGAGUAGAUGCACUUUUGUUCACAUUGGAACAGAGAAAGGGCAUGUUUAUUCCUGUAACACACCAAUCUCCAGGCUAACUUGGAGUCUGAAGUUGCAGUCUUGUGCAAUUUGUGUGCGCAGCCUUGUGUGUGAUGCUGCUGGACUGGUAAUCUUCCUUCCUUGUGCCCUGGGACAUGGUCAAUAAUUCCUUGGGGAAACAUGGGUGUCAGUUAAGCUUCAUUGUUAAUAUCAUAUUUAUGUAUCUGGAUGGUGUUCACAUUUAAUGUUGUAUGCGUUAAUUUAAUUUACCUUAUUUUAAAUUCAUCUCGAGCAGCAGUGUAUCUUUUGUCCUACAGUGUGAAGUUUGUUUUCCUAGGCAGAAGAUUAAAUAGUAUAUGAGUUUAUAUUAUAGAGAACAGAAAGAAAUUUGUAUUACAGCCUGGGAUUCAUAGCCAUCUGCAAAAUGCCUUAGAAUUAUAGGAUCAGAGAAACAGUUGCCUUAAUUGAGUUAUAAUCCUACAUUAAAUAUUCUUUUAUGUGGAAACUGUGCACAGUUUUCAUGUUUUUCAGCAAACGACAAAUUCUGCACAGCUUACAAAAAGCACUUUUUAGCUUUGUUGAUUCCUCUUCUUUUUAUUUUGCUCCUGUGGAUAAUAGGAUUUUGUAGGAUCUCAUGCUGGAUGCAUGGAAGCCUUUAAUUGCUAAUUUCCUCUGUUGUACAAUACUAGAUCAAUCAAUAUGCAACUGUUACUGAAGAAAUUACAAACAAUGCAUUGCAAACCUCCAGGCAUUUUAUUUUUUUGGCUUUUUUUUUAAUGUGCCAGCUCAGCUAUAAUGUAAUGAACAUUUAGGUGCAGAACAGUAGUCACAUGAAGUUCAGUUUCAGGUUUGUGUGAAGGUAUUAAACACAAAAUACAGUAUUUUUAGGUGGAACUUGCAUGAUUUUAAAAAUACACACAGUGUGAGAGGAAGAAUUUAGAAAGUUUGUUUUCAGGUCUUUUGGAUUCAGAAUUUGCCAAUAAAUACAUUGCCUCAAAGAAAUGAAUACUCUGAAGUUCAAACUCUUUUGACAGAAGCUGUGUGUGUGAUGAAGUAGCACUCUUGGUAAGCAAUUUCAUUAGAAUGAAUUUAAUUUGCAAUUUUAUUUUUCUGUAAUGGUAAAUCCAUUUCAUUUUUCUCUUAUCAAAAGAUUAAUGAGUGAAACCCACCAGUCUAACAAGAUAUUGAUUAAAAAGGAAGGAAUGUGUUUGCUUCUCAUGUUUGGUCCUUUGUCCUUGUCCACUUUGUACUUCCAAAUACUGCUAUCAAAAUGAAAUCUGCUUUCUAUGUGCCGCAGUCUUAUGUGUUGGAAAACUGGUGGCAUGGAUAGCAGGCUUUUGAACACAUGCAAAUAUUUUUAAAAGGUGAGCACUGUUAAUUCACCAUAUUUUCAUAGUCGUAAGAGUAAGUCUAUGAAAAAAGACAAGGAUGGAAAUGUUUUAAAAUAAGAACACAAACCACACCUCCCCUUUUGCUUAUUAAACAAAUGCUCCAGACAAACAUAAAUGUAUUUUUCUUCAACAUUGUACUUUUGUUGCCCCAUAAACCCAUACUACCAAUAAAUUACUCUUUUAUUAGUUUUUCUUGAGAUAAAAAGGAAACUUUUCAAGUUACUUCAAAAGAGGCAGAAAUUAUUUUGAGACCAAGGGUUUUCUCCUCAACUGCUACAUUAGAUAAAAAAUUGCUUAUGCUGCAUUAUUUUCUACAACCUCCAUGCUUGUUUCAAAAUUUAAUUAAAAAAUGGACUCUUUAAAAGAGAUAGUGGUUCAUGCUUUUCUUUUGAUAUUUGUAUGUUUUAUGUCUAUACACACAAAUGCACAUAAAUUACAUAUUUGUUUCUGCCUCAAAGCAAUAAAAUAUCCAAUUUACUGUGGUAUGUUCCACUGCAUCUCUACAGAACUGGAUUUGUUCACGUGCUGAUAUUACAAAUCCUAGUCCUUUUUUUUUCUGUCUUUUUGACACCAUUCAGUUAAUGAGGAGAUGUGGCUUUGUGUAUGCUGUUUGAAGAAAAAGGAUUCCUCUGUAAUUCAUUGAAACCUGCAUGAAGACUAAAUUGCUUUGGCAAUUUCUCAAGCAUUUCCAUUUCAGAGCACUCUUCUCUCUUUCUGCAGUGGUGGCUGACUCCUGUUUGGUACCACACAGGCAUGCAUAUAUUCCCACACUGAAACACCACCCAAGUGCUGUAGGUGCAAUGAGAUAACCAUCUGUUUCUCACCCACAGUUUCUCCUUCCCCAGAUUGCUAUAAAAAUAACAGAACUGUGCAGCCAUUGUGCAGCCAUUUCUUAUGUCCUUCUGCAAAAUGUACACUUCAGGGACUUUCAUAUUGCUUUGGUUCCAGGGCUUGUUCCUUGUAUUCCAGUUCACAAUCCUUCUAGACUCCCAUCCUUGAGAGUUGCUGCUUUUGUCUUAUAGGCAAAGAUAACAGACAAAAAGAAGAGAUGAGUAUGUGUUUUAAGUAGGAUGAGAGACUACUGUGGUUUUAACUGAGCCAGCAGCCAAGCCCCAGGCAGGCACUUGUUCGGUCCCCCAUCAGAAGGAUCGGGAAGGGAACUGGAAGAGUAAAAGUAAGAAAAUGAAUGGAUUAAGGUAAAGACAGUAAAACAGGGAAAGCAAAAGUUGUGCACAACAGCAAAGCAAAAUAAAGAACUAAUUCAUUCCUUCACAUGGGCAGGCAGGUGUUCAGCCAUUUCCAGGAAAGCAGGGCCCCAUUGUGUGACCGACUUGGGAUUACAAAUGCCAUCACUCUGAACAUCCCUCUCUUCCUUCUUCCUCUAGCUUUAUGUGUUGAGCAGGAUGCCAUGCAGCCUGGAAUAUCCCUUUGCCUAGUUGGGGUCACGUGUCCCAGCUGUGUCUCUUCCCAGCCUCCCAUGCCCCCUCAACUUCCUCACCAGUGUGGCAGUACAAGCAGCAGAAAAGGCCUUGGUUCUGUGUAAGACCUGCUGAGCAAUAACAAAACAUCCCUGUGUUAUCCACCCUGUAUUCAGCACGAAUCAAACACACAAGCCUGUAUUAAUCACUGUGAAGGAAAUUAACUCUACCACACCCAAAACAAGUACAGAGACUUAGGUAAAAGUUGUUUCUUUUGUUAGGGUAUAUCUGCUAUAAAGCUUGGUACUUGUUACUGUGGUUUGGUGUUCCACAUAAAACCAGGAUUGUCCUGUUUAUGAAGUAUAUCUUAGGUUAGCUGAAUUGGUUUAGUGGUUUAAUAUUUAUGAAAUAUUUCUUUGAAUCCUGUUGUAUUUCCUAAAAGUUCCUGACCGCUUUUGUAUGCGAGAAAGUACUUCUGUGACUAAGCAGCAGAAGAAUUGCUCUACCUAUGGGACCAUGGAAGUAGUAACUGAGAGCCUCAGUAGCUGUAACUGAAAGAUUCUUUUGGACUUGAAUGCUAAGAUUUCUCUCAAUAAAGAGAGAUAUUAAAGAGUAUAUCCAAAUUACUUAAAGCACAUGAGGACAUACCAACUUCUCAUGUUUGUGCAAGAGAACGACACAAAUACUUUGCAAAUUAAUAAUAUAGAAACCAUUUGCUGCUUACAUACAUGAAUGGAAAUAUAGGUUAUGUAUUUACAAAAUGCACUUUAUUGUUAGAAGUUUAUCACCAUUUUAAAAUACAUUUUGAAAGGAAAAUUAAAUUUUAUGAAACAAAAA